CUCUCUCUGAUCUCAGCAUGAUGUGUUUCCUUUCUCAUGAAUUACGACUGAGUAUGGCGACUAUGUAAAGCGGCAGGAAUGAGCGCAAUGAGUUUUUCCUUCAGUGCAGACCCACAUGUCUAAAUGACUUCGAGCAGGAUACAGAAGCUGAGGGUGGACAGAAAGCAGGGCUGGAAGGGCUAUGGACACCAAGCCUUUGUGUCCUGUCUGACCCGCCUCUAUAGCUGUCAAUGGAAACCCCACCAGCAUACUGGAAGCCAGUUUGGUCAUUUCUGCUGCAGUAAGCUGGAAUGUGGCAGUUUUGCUAUGAUCAUUGUGACCUUUUGUCUCAGCCUGGUUUUCCUCUACUUCUGGACUGAAGCACAGAAUGACUACAAUGACUUUGACUGGUUUAUCUUUGGCAACUUGGGCUUUUGGUUCCCAUGGUCCAUGGUGUUGUUAGUCACUGCCGCAGUGUUCUUUACGUACAUUGCUUUUCUGCUGUUGUUGGCAGUGUGCCUCCUCUCAGAAGGGCAAAGACUGUAUUUACACUGUGGUCACAAGAUUGGAAUAUUAGUGACUUUGAUAUUCUCCAUUGCGGCCACAGCAGUGCUGUCAGACUUGUGGAACGAAAAGUGGGAAACUGUGCUUCUUUCUUUUCAGAUGACAGCACCAUAUUUGCAGGUGGGAGGAGUGCUGUUAAUGACACUUUUAUCUUGGCCAUUAGCUUCACAUUUGUUUUGUCUGAGACAAAGAGUGAGGCAAAUGGUCAUUAUUGGGCUGUAUGGGGCAGUUCUCAUAUCUCUGUAUCUGGUGCCACUGGGCAUGUAUUCUCCCUGCAUUAAAGAGAGAAACAGUCUGAGUCCAGCUCCGGCAUUAAUUGGCCACAGGGGAGCACCAAUGCUUGCUCCAGAGAACACCUACAUGUCCUUCGAGAAGGUAGUUGCCGCUGGAGGGGAUGGACUGGAGACUGAUGUCACCAUCAGCUAUGAUGGCAUACCCUUCCUGAUGCAUGACAAGAGCCUGCGUAGGACAACAAAUGUUGAGGACAUAUUCCCUAACCGGACACACAGCCCAGCUGCCAUGUUCACCUGGAAUGAGUUACAGCAGCUCAAUGCUGGAGCCUGGUUCUUCUCGCAAAACCCCUUCAAGACAGCCUCCUCCCUAAGCCCAGAAGAUUGCAUUCAGGCUCAGAAUCAGUCUGUGUGUACUCUAAGAGCAGUCCUGGAGCUGGCCGCCCAGUAUGGGAAACUUAUAAUCUUCGACUUGUACAGGCCACCACGUGGUCAUCCUUACAGAGACAUGUGGAUCUCGCGCACUCUGGAAGUCAUUCAGAGUGAGUCGUCCAUUCAUUCUAACCAGGUGUUGUGGCUGCCUACGGAGCUGAGGGAGUUAGUGCAGGAGACAGACCCCGAGCUGCAGCAGACCUCAGGCAGCCUGGCCCCAGUGGAGGAGCUGCAACAGAACCACAUUGUCAGACUCAACCUACACUACAGUUCCAUGUCUGAGGCUGAAAUAAGUAUGUACUCUGCUGUAAACAUCAGCACAAAUCUGUAUGUGGUCAGUGAGCCCUGGCUGUUCUCUCUGGCCUGGUGUGCAGGUGUCCACUCUGUCACUACUAAUGCUGUUCACAUCCUCAAGAGCCUUCGCCGCCCCCUCUUCUUUAUGACACCACAGGAAUACAGCACAAUGUGGGUCCUAACUGACAUGCUGUCACUGAUCGUCAUACUUGUUGUCUUUAUAUUCCAUUGGCAGAGGAAGCACCAAGAGAAUCUUUGCUCAGGCAGAAAUAUGAUACAUGACAGUGGAUGCUCCCCUGAGUUCAGGACAGGAACGAAUGAUGUGUUGUCCUUAACAAUGCUGUAGGAAAGAUCUUGCAUCAUUACCCAAGCAGUAACACUGAAGAUAGCUUGGUAUCAUAUCUCUGAAGGCCUGUUCCUCAGAGUACCGCGCAAGUUUACAGAGAAGCCAAACUCUAGAUUUGUUCUAGAGAUGAAGAUCGAUGUUGGUGGAGCUCAGAUUUUAGUGACCAGAGUCAGCUUUUGACUCUGGUCUGACUUUUGAGUCAGGCUCUUUACUUCAUCUUUUCUAGUUUAUUAUGAAAAAAUCUAUUUAUUAUAGUAUGAAAAGUUACAAAUAUGCCUUUUCCCUCGGGGAAAAGUAAUGUAGUUACCUUAAACCUCAACUGCACCUGAAGGACGUUGUUUUACCUUUGAGGUUACAUUUAUACUGUUUGUACCUUCGAGGACAACAAUUCAGCAAAACAUUACAUCUUUUCUGACAGUGUAGAGAUGAGUAGGUUGCUUAUGUAGAAAUGGCUAAUCUUGCUAAAAUAUGUUAAAAUGUAUUUGGCAAAAAAAAAACAAUAAACACCCAAAUAAACGUAA